CGUGCCCAGCCGGGCGCUUCCCUGCGGGGGGCGCCUGGAGCGGCCGUCGGGGGCCGGCCCGUGGGCAGGGCAGCCCCGCGGAGCCCGCACUCCUCCGCACACAGAGGAAGGAGGCGGGGAAGGAGCCGCGGUGCCCCCUGGAGCGCACAGAGCCCCGGCGCCGGUGCCCGGGGCGGGGAGAGGGAGCUGAGCGGGCGGGGGCCCCGGCUGCGUCAGAAGUGUGCAAACACCGCCUCGUGCCCGCCGCUAUUUAAGGGGCCGAGGCUGAGUCUCCCCCGACUUCCCUGCUUGGGCACACUCGGCACUUACUGCUCCCAACUCGAGCGGGACCUUGGAAAAGCGCAGCGGAAAGCAAUGUCCAGCGGGCUGUGCAUCUGCGUGUUCCUCGCCGUGCUCUCGGUGAGCUCGCUGGGACAGCACGCCCUGGGCUCGCACGGUGGGAAUGCCGCGCCUGCCGAGCUGGAGCAGAGCCUGGCGGAGCAGCAGCGGCGCUCCCGCGCUCCGGCCGCCGGGCCCCUGAAACCCCUGCAGCGCCUGGAGGUCAGCGCGGAGCAGCGAGCCAACAUCGGCGCCCUGCUGGCCAAGUACCUCCAGCAAGCCAGAAAAGGUUCCACUGGAAGAUUCUCAGUGAUGGGAAACAGGGUACAGAGCAUUGAUCCCACUCACAGGAUAAAUGACAGAGACUACAUGGGCUGGAUGGAUUUUGGACGCCGCAGUGCUGAAGAAUACGAGUAUUCUUCCUGAAGAACACCAAACUAUAGCAAUGAGGAAAAAAAAAAAAUCACACUCCCAUAGCUGUACAAAAAAAAGAUAAAUCAAUUUGUUGUCCUCUUCAAAUCAGUGUUUUAAAGUAUUUAAAAUCAUGUAUUUGACAUGUUUGUCUGUAAGACUAUACAAUGCAAUAUAUACAUAUGCAGAAUUUUCCAGAAAACAUUUUCUCUCUUUUGUGGUUUCUCAUACAUUGAUACUAUAUUAAAAUGAUUUCACUUAUCCCUCCUUGUCCUGUCACUGCAUGUUGCUGGGUGUCUUACUAUAAAAGAGAGAUAGCAUAAUGCCUUUAUUUGGCACUGUAAAUAUAUUCCAUGGGUUGAAUAGUCAGAUUAUAUAUUUUUCAGAGAAAUCUUGUGUCAAUCCCAAAAGCUUUGAACUCCAGGGAACUUGUCUAAAUAUAAAUACAGCAGCACAAUACUGCCAGAAAAGACCAGCUAUUUUCAUGGUGACCCUGUUUGCAAAGGACUGAGUUUUACACUGAGCCCACAUCUUUCCAGUGAACAGACAACAGUGCUAAAACAGUGAAAAAGAGGGAUGACACCAACAUGCUUCAUCAUCCUGGCUUAUUUGUUUUAUGUUGUGAAUUCAAUGUGAAAAUUCUGCUGAUGGCUGCAAAUCACAGAAUAAACAGAGCAUUCCCUGC